AUGAACCACCCCUCUCUCCUCCCCCGCAUCCAGCACGGCCUCUCCACCAUCGAGCUCGUCCACGUCCCCCACCCGCGCUGGCCGCUCCCGCGCUCCUCCGCCGCGACGUCCGCGGUGCCCCCCACCAGCGUGCACGUCUCCGUGCUCGACUCCUCCUUCAACCCCCCGACGCUCGCGCACCUCGCCCUCGCCGCCCUCCCGCCACCCUCGUCCUCACCAUCGCCGUCGGCCCCUCCCGCGCGCGCACCCGACUUCGACGCCCGCCUCCUCCUCCUCUCCGUGCGCAACGCGGACAAGCAGCUCAAGCCCGGCGACGCCACCUUCGAGCAGCGCGUGGAGAUGAUGGUCCUCCUCGCGCGCGACCUCAGCUCGUCCACCGCGGUCGUCCCUUCGGACCCGCCCUCCGCGUCAGGGCCCUCCGCUGAAGGCGACUCGAACGUCGCGGUCGCGAUCAUCGACGAGCCCACCUUCGCCGGCAAGUCCACCCGUCUCCUCGCCUUCCUCCGCGCUCGCCUCGCCGCGCUCGACCUUCCCACCCCCACCCCCGGGCCACCGCCGACCGCUACAAGUCCUCCAGAUCCGAACCUACACCUCACCUUUCUCAUGGGCACCGACACGCUCGUCCGCUUCUUUGCGCCGCGGUACUACCCGUCUCAAGCCUCCAUGGAGGCGUCCCUCCGCCAGUUCCUCGCCCCCGACGCGGAGGACUCGCGCAUUCUUUGCGCGAAGCGGAUGGGCGAUGGCGCUGCAGGCGUGUUGGAAGAGGAGGCCAAAGCAUGCUUGCCCGAGUUUGCACGCCAGAUGGUUUCUGUGCAGCCUGACCGCAUUUACUUUGCAGACAUUGGCGAGAAGGAAUGUAUGUACAGCAGCAGCCAAGUCAGAGGCAAGAUCGCGGCUGGCGAUCCCAGCUGGAGGAGCAUGGUGACUUCGGCGAUCUCGCAGUACAUCUUGGAUAACAGCCUUUAUCAUGUGUCGUAG